UCUCACUUGCAGUAUCCAAUGCACUUCUGCUACUACAAAUGGGAGUUUUACGGAUGCCGUUUCCAAGUUUGUGUCCAAUCAGACUUUUGUUGUGAGCAGCAGAAAAAGAAAUCAGAAAAAAACCUAAAUCUGUUUUGUCAUCUGAGCGUGAGACAAUCAUCAAGAUGAUCUGGAGCCUCGGUUUGCUUUGCCUGACUGCAGCUUUAGGAGCAGUCCAUGCAGGUCCAAUCAGAAGCUCGGGCAAGUUAGAGGCGAAACCUGCACCGCGGGAAGAAGUCAACGUCCUCAUGUUCGGUGUUAUACAACUGAGUGAAUCGCUCAACUAUGUGUAUGAAACCACCGGAGCUAAGAUAGAGAAGAUCCACCGCGCUUUGAAGAACCAUGAGGGGACUCUGCAAAAGCUGGGGAAACAGGCCGAGCUGGCUGGAGAGGUGGAGAAGCAGAUGAAAGAAGUGAUACAGUUGCUGCAGGCUCAGAUGUUCCAGGACCAAGCCCAGACCAAAAAGGCUAAAGAGCAGCUGAGCAGCUUAGAAAGGGACGAGGAAGAACUGAAGACCAAAGUACAGAGGCUGGAGACGUUCAUCAACAACCACACACCGACCAGCAUCAAGGAGCUGCAGGAGAGAGCGCAGAUGCACUCCAACAUGCUGAAAGGUCUACAGCUCCUAAACCAACUGCAUAGAGAGAACAUUGAGACUCAAAAUGAGCACCUCUCCCAACUGGAGACCAUGAGUGAAGCUGUGGAACAAUCCUAAACGGUUUCACAGUCACCGCUGCUCUGAAAGAGAACCUAAGAUCACUCCAUUCACUUCCAAACCUUUUUGUUUUGAAUGCUAGCAAUUAUUUCUGUUAGAAUUCAAACGUUUUAUUCAUUUCUUGUGCAUUUUUUGUGUUUUUCUUUUUAAUAUAUUAUAACUUAACCUUUUUCAAGAUUUUUUUUAUGUUAAAUUAUUAAAAGCUGCUGUCUCAAAAUAUA